AUGAGGCUUAACCCCACCAAAUGUGCAUUCGGGGUGGCUUCGGGCAAAUUCCUGGGCUUCAUGAUCAGCCAGAGGGGUAUUGAGGCCAAUCCAGAAAAGAUCCAGGCCAUCUUAGACAUGACGGUACCUAAGACGGUCAAAGAUAUCCAAAACCUUACAGGGCGUGUCGCAGCCCUGACCAGAUUUAUCUCCAAAGCCACUGACCGCUGCGCCCCAUUCUUCAAGGCCCUUAAAGGCACCAAAAGAAACAUCACCUGGACUGCUGAAUGCGACACGGCUUUCAGCAAGCUCAAGGAGUAUAUGGGCCGGGCCCCUUUAUUGUCAACCCCUGAGCACGGAGACAUCCUCGUGAUUUAUCUCUCUAUCUCAGCUUCGGCUGUUAGCUCUGUGCUCAUCCGAUCAAAAGAUAACGCGGAGCACCCGGUGCAUUAUGUUAGUAAAGCAUUGCAAGAUGCCGAAGUUCGGUACCCGGACAUUGAAAAAUUGGCGUUCGCCCUGAUCGUCUCGGCAAGACGCCUCCGACCAUAUUUCCAAGCUUACAUCAUCCAUGUCUUAACCAACCGCCCGCUCCGACAGGUGUUGCAGAACCCAGAAACUUCUGGGAGGCUGGUCAAAUGGGCCAUUGAACUGGGCGAGUUUGAUCUUCAUUACAAACCCCGCCCGGCCAUGAGGGGACAGGCCGUUGCUGACUUCUUAUCCGAAUUCACGGAGCCUCCGGCUUCGGUAGCUAUCCAGCCCACAACCGAACCCAAUCCCCCUCCCAGCCAGGACCAAAACCCCACCGAAGGCAAUCUCGACCUAACCCAGCCCCUGUGGACCUUAUUCGUAGACGACUCUUCUAAUGCCCAGGGCUGUGGGGCCGGCCUCGUUCUCAUCUCCCCAGACAAGGUUGCCCUCGAGUACGCCCUUCGCUUCAAAUUCCAAGCCUCCAACAAUGAGGCCGAAUACGAAGCACUCUUAGCUGGUCUUCGAUUAGCCAAAGAGAUGGAUGCCAGGCAAAUUCAGAUAUUUAGCGAUUCACAACUCGUGGUCCACCAGGUCAACCAGGACUUCACGGCUAAGGAUGCCUCUAUGACGGGCUACCUCCAGCACGCUCGGCACUUGCUGGCAACCUUCCAAGCCCACUCUAUCAAGCAAGUGCCGCGCUCCGAGAAUAGCCAUGCCGAUGCACUAGCCAGGUUGGCAUCAGCCCUGGAGCAAGGAAUGGGUCGCCACAUCCACAUCGAGUUUUUGGCCCAGCCCAGCACACAAGCCCCACUCAUCUGCACUAUUGAUCACAGCCCUACAUGGAUGGACCCCAUCCUCCAGUUCUUACAGAACCAAACACUACCGGCUAAUCCGGCAGAAGCACGAAGCGUUCGCCAUCGCUCCGCCCGUUACUUGAUCAUUAACGGCUCCUUAUACAAGCGUGGUUUCAGCCUUCCUUACCUUCGAUGCCUGACUCCAGAGGAGGGUCACUAUGUCCUCCGAGAAAUCCAUGAAGGCAUCUGCGGCAACCACUCGGGCGCACGCUCGCUAGCCCAUAAGGCAAUCCGCCAAGGAUACUUCUGGCCUUCACUCCACACUGACGCCCAGGCCUUCACCCAGAAAUGCGACAAGUGUCAGCGAUUUGCCAACAUCCCACAACUCCCGGCUGAACCGUUGACUGCAAUGGUCAGCCCUUGGCCAUUUGCCCAAUGGGGACUGGAUCUCAUUGGACCGAUGCCAAAGGGCAAGGGCCAAGUCAAGUAUGCAGUUGUGGCCGUGGACUACUUCACCAAGUGGGCUGAGGCCGAGGCCUUGGCCACCAUCACUGCGGCUCGCAUCGAAUCCUUUGUGUGGCAAAACAUUGUAUGUCGCUUCGGCAUCCCCAACUCCAUCGUCACCGACAAUGGCCGGCAAUUUGACAACGCCAAAUUCAAACAAUUUUGUUCCAACCUCAAGAUUCGUCUGUGUUUCGCCUCCCCAGCCCAUCCACAGUCCAAUGGCCAGGUCGAAGCCGUGAACAAAAUCAUCAAGAAGACCCUCAAGACAAAACUUGAUAGAGCCAAGGGCUGCUGGCCAGAACUACUCCCAGAAGUACUCUGGUCCUACCGCACCACCUUCCGCACAUCCACGGGUGAAACGCCGUUCUCCCUAUCAUUUGGAACCGAGGCCGUGGCUCCGGUAGAGAUUGGCCAGCCCACAUACCGAACCUCCACUUACGAUGCCACGGCCAAUGACGAGCAGUUGGCCCUCAACCUCGACUUCAUUGACGAACUCCGGGACCAAUCGAGCAUGCGCAAUGCCGCGUACAAGCAACGCAUCGCCAAAUACUAUGACUCCCGAGUCAAGCCCCGCGCUUUCAAAAUGGGGGACUGGGUCAUGCGCAAGGUUUCCUUGGCUACCAAAAAUCCUAACGAAGGUACCCUCGGCCCUACAUGGGAAGGUCCUUACGAGAUUAUCAAAAUCUGCCGCCCCGGCACUUAUCAGCUUCGUGAUUCCACAGGCAAGACGCUGCCUCACUCGUGGAAUGCUGACCACCUCAAGUAUUAUUACAAGUAA